AGAGCAGGUGCAAAAAGUGCAGUUUAAAGGGACAAAGUGACAGCUGAUUGACAGCUGACCCGAACCUGGACGAAUCUCGUCGAGGUGGGUUCGGCGCUGUUUUUAUCACAUGUUAGCUGCGCGAAAUGAGAUCCUUGUCCGUUUCCCUGACAACAGACGCCGAGCAAGGAUGUCGAGGAAGCACGAGAGCAAGAAGGUCGACUACAAGGCGCGGCUCGAGUACAAGCUGUAUCUGGCCAGGGAAAACCCGGAGCCGGUGUUCGAUGUGUCGGAAUGUGCCUUGAAGAACGUGCCGUCGGGCAUCUAUUCGCUUUGCAAGGUGUUCCGAAAAAAGAUUUUGCUAAUGUAUGAUAACAAGCUGAGCUCACUCUCGGGUGGAGGUGCCUUAAGCGACUUAUCGUUGUUGACUGUCUUAGACAUUCACGGAAACGAGUUUACCGGAUUACCCUCUGAUAUUAAGCAUCUCUCCUCCCUUAAGGAGCUUUAUUUGCAAGACAACAACCUCCGCAAACUGCCCAAUGAAGUAGUGUACUUGAAUAAAUUAACAAUUUUGAAUGUCUCGAGGAAUAACCUGAAGCAGCUGCCCGACGGCAUCGGGCAGCUGCAGCAGCUCAACACUCUCGAUAUUAGCCACAACAAAUCGCUGCAUAAGCUGCCCCAAUUUCUGGGCUAUGCCCAACAACUGACGAGUCUAAAUAUCGACGGGUUAAACCUGUCGUAUCCACCUCAGGAUAUUUUGGACGGCGGCGCGAUAGUGAUUGUCGCGUUUCUGGCGAACGAAAGCGGCAUCGAGUACUCGCCGGAGGACUCGGUAUCGGAGACCGAUAUUUCAAGGGAUAUGAGCUCGGACGACAUGCAGACGGUAUACCGUAAUAAGAGUAACGACGUGCAGGCAACAUUACAGAAGCUAAAUGAAAUGAAGAAAUAUCGGCAAAACGCCUUGUUGGAAGUGGAGAAAAACAUGAAGCAACAGCAGGAGUACGAGAUAGAGGUGCAAUCCAUGCUCAAGGCUCAUAGGAAGAAGCUUUUAGAGGACGUAGCGUUACAGCAGAUACAAUUGGAGCAAGAGCUCGAGAAAGUUCAGCAGGAAAGGGACACAAAUAGGGCGCGUUUACUUUCGUAUAUUUACAAUGCGGAGAGAGAGGCCGAUAACGUGAUUAAAGAAUUUCUGAGAAACAGCGAGGAAGAUAGGCAGAGUCAGGCCGAGUUAGUGGAGCGGGAGAAGCAAGAAGAGAUGCAACUGUUAAGCUCCUGUCACUCGGAACAGUUCAUGCUACGUACGAAAGACACCCUUUUUUCAAUGGAGAAAUUGUUGGAGGAGGAAAUGUGCAGAACAAGGAAAUGGGAAGAGCAUAUCAAAUGUAGAGACUACGCCGUACAAUCCUUGCUUACGCUGGAGGUGAUUAACAACGAUCACUUGGCACAGAUAGUGCACGAUCAGGAAAAAAGUAGACAAGAUCUUGUCGAUAGAUUACGACAGGAUGAAGUUUUGCAGAAAGCGGCAGUUGCCGCGUUGUUGGAACGGAGCGAUGCGCGUUCCUGGAGCAUUAUUCAGCAAAUGAAUCUGGUGCAGUCGCAAUUGGCUGCGCUCACUAAUAUCGAACUCGAGAGACGGAAGUUAGAGAUCAACCAACAGCUUAAUGAGAUCGCUGAUAGACGCGUGACUUUAACAGCUAUUCUGAUCGACUUAUUGGAACAGCAAACGAACAGGAGAGCCCAACUAUUGGAAACAAUCAAUACGAUAGAACAACAGCGAUGCAUCUCCAGCGCGAGACGUGGCAGCCAAUUCUGGCUGAUGCAAUAUCAAUCUCUGAUGGAAGCUCGACCGCAAGGAUUACUAGAGAUGUUGGAACCUAUGCUAGUACGACAUGUGGCGAUAGCAGGAGCUUUGCACUGCCUUCCAUUCUUGGCCACUUUGCCAUCUAUGUUACCGGACAUCAGCGACGAACAAUUAAAAGAUAUUGGCAUAAGUUGCGAGAGUGAUCGCGCCGCCAUAAUGCUGGCGGUUGAAAAUUAUUUGGCAGAAGUUAAAUUGAAUGACGCCAGGUCGCCUGUGACGGCAUCCGCGCCUCUCGAAGAGGCAUCGACCAGCAAUCAAGACAAUUCUAUUCAGAAUGUCAAUAUAGUCGAAUGCGUAAUCUGCUUGGAUUUACAAUGCGAGGUAAUUUUUCUACCUUGUGGACACUUCUGCUGUUGCUCCAUUUGCGCGGACAAAGUUUCUGCAGAAUGUCCAAUGUGCAGGAGUUCAAUAGAACGCAAAGUUCGAGUUGUGCAGCCUUAAAUUUAUAAAAAAAAAUUCCCUGUUUUAUUCAGCUUAUUCCCAAAUAAUAUUUCAAUGAUACUUCUCGAGAGUAUCAAAAAAUGCGCUAUUCUUCCUGGUCUGUGAUUACGCACGUCAACAAACUGUUUUCAAUAAUAGUGGAAGGUAUAACGCGCACAAGUUAUAUUUACCACUAAUAUAAUGCUCAUAAAUGUCGAUAUGCGGAAAAUGUAUAUUAUAUAUUGUGAUUCACAAAAUUGUUCAAUUGAUCAAUUUCGUGAGCAACUAGCUUUUUUACUAUAAAAUCGUUUUCCAUCGGAAAUUGUUCGAUCGAAUUUGAUAUUGACGUAGCGAAGUAGUCGAAACAACAUUCCACGAGCAUUGUACUUUAACUGUCUCGAUUGAUUAUUUAAACGAUAGAUGAAAUGAUAAAUUAACUUUCCAGAAAAAUAUUUAAUUAAAAUUUGAAUUUA